AUGGCCAGGGUCCCAGGGUCCCAGGAGCGGGUCAGGUCUGAGGUGGAGGCUGACGGUGGAACCUUGGGCAAACUGGGCCCUCAGGGACUGGUGUGGAUGGGUCACUUCAGGGGAGAAGGAGGAGCAGUAGCUGGAGAAGAAGGCGGACGGUCCGCUGUUUCAGAAAUAGAUCAUGGCUCCUGCUUUUGCCCACUGGUCACAGCUGGGAAGGGUCCCAGGUCCCUGACUUCAUCCUUUGCUGAGGAGCAGAAGAACUGUAGAAACAGUCACAGCUUGACGACAGAUCACAACCUGAGUGUGCUGAGAACUCACGGUGUUGACCACCUCAGCUACAGUGAGCUCUGCCAGCUUUUGUUUCAGAAUGACCCCUGGCUUUUGCCAGAGAUCUGCCUUCAUUACAACAAAGGAGAUGGACCCUACGGCUCUUGUUCCUUUCAAAAGCAGUGUAUCAAACUCCAUAUCUGCCAGUAUUUUUUACAGGGUGAAUGCAAGUUUGGCACUGGCUGUAAGAGAUCUCAUGAUAUCUCUAAUUCUGAGAAUCUGGAGAAACUGGAGAAGUUGGGCAUGAACUCCGAUCUGGUGAACAGGCUGCCUUCCAUAUACAGAAAUGCUCACGACAUCAAGAAUAGGAGCUCCACCUCCAGCAGAGGGCACCCUCCUCCUCCAGGCCCACAGGCCACUUCUGAAAGAAGAGAUAGUUCAGGUUGUGUAUCCUCAAACAAUGCUAACCAGGAGGAGAAUGAUCAGAUCUGCUUGUACCACAUCCGGAAAAGUUGUAGCUUUCAAGAUAAGUGCAAUAAAGUUCAUUUCCAUUUGCCAUAUCGAUGGCAGUUCUUGGACAGAGGCAAAUGGAAGGAUUUGGACAAAAUGGAGCUUAUUGAAGAGGCAUAUAGCAAUCCCAGAAAAGACAGGAUCCUCUGUGCUGAGUCAGCCAGCAACUUUCACUUUGAUUGUCUAGACUUUGACUCCAUGAUGUUUGGUGCUGCCCCAGCCCGCCGCCUCUCCACAGCCUCCUCGGUUACUAAACCUCCACACUUCAUCCUCACCACUGACUGGGUUUGGUACUGGACUGAUGAGUUUGGUUCUUGGCAGGAGUAUGGAAGACAAGGCAUGGAGCACCCCGUGACCACCGUCUGCAGCAGCGAUUUGGAGAAGGCCUACCUGGCGUACUGUGCACCUGGGUCUGAUGCCCAGGCAGCCAUUCUGAAGUUCCAGGCUGGAAAGCACAAAUAUGAGUUAGAUUUCAAAGCCUUUGUUCAGAAAAACCUGGUCUAUGGCACGGUCAGAAGGGUUUGCCGGAGACCCAAAUACGUGUCUCCCCAGGAGGUGAAGGUGAAGCAAACCUGCAGUGUCAAGUUUCAAGGCCCAAAGAGCAUCCCAGACCAUUGGGACCCCUCGGCCCUGCCAGACCCUGGCUUCAAGAAGAUUGCCCUCAGUUCUGCAUCGGAUGAAUAUCAGAAGGUCUGGAACCUCUUUAACCGCACACUGCCUUUCUACUUUGUUCAGAAGAUCGAGCGAGUCCAAAAUCUGGCCCUCUGGGAAGUCUACCAGUGGCAAAAAGGGCAGAUGCAGAAGAGAAAUGGAGGGAAGGUGGUAGAUGAGAGGCAGCUGUUCCAUGGCACCAGUGCCAGUUUCGUUGAUGCCAUCUGCCAGCAGAACUUUGACUGGAGGGUCUGUGGUCUUCAUGGUACUUCUUACGGCAAAGGGAGCUACUUUGCCCGCGACGCCGCAUAUUCCCACCACUACAGCAAAUCUGACACCAAGUCCCACACGAUGUUCCUGGCCCGGGUGCUGGUCGGGGAGUUCGUCCGAGGCAGCCCCUCCUUCGUCCGCCCCCCGGCCAAGGAAGGCCACGGCAACGUCUUCUAUGACAGCUGCGUGAACAGCAUGUCCGACCCCUCCAUCUUCGUGAUCUUCGAGAAGCACCAGAUCUACCCUGAGUACAUCAUCCAGUACACCAGCUCCACCAAGCCCGUGGCGGGGGUCUCCACCCUCUUCUCCUUAGCAUCUUUCUUUGGCGGCCGGCAGUGA